CCCCACCCUCUCUGACCCUGUAGGGCUCUCCACUCAGUCUGCAGGAAACUGCCCAGUGACCAGGAGUUCGGAGCAGGUCGCGGCUGACGUCGCAGCCCAGAUGGCCUCCAGGCUGACCCCGCUGACCCUCCUGCUGCUGCUGCUGGCUGGGGCUAGAACCUUCUCAAAUCCCGGUGCUAGCAGCCCCAGCCCCAGGGAUCCAGAGAGCUUGCAAAAGAAAAGCACCGUGAACAUCUGGGAGGAAGACAGCCCCACAAGCACAUCCACUCAGCACAUCAUGGAGUCUUCUACUUGGCCAGUGACCAACUCAGCCACCGAAAGAGCGGAAGAUACUACGAACGAACCGAGCACUCAGCCCUUCGGCCAAUACACCCAACCAACCACCGAGUUCCCCACGGACUUUCUGACCGAGCCCACUGCUGAGCCCUACUGCCCGGAGCCCGACAUUUUCUGCUCUGACUCGGACUGUCUUGACAUAGCAGAAGGGUUGGGAAAUGCUUUGGUUGAUUUCUCCCUGAGGCUUUACAAAGCCUUCUCAGCCACAAAGAAGCCUGAAACCAACCUGGCCUUCUCCCCAUUCAGCAUUGCCAGCCUCCUAACUCAAGUCCUGCUUGGGGCUGGGGACAGCACCAGAAAAAACCUGGAGGAAGUCCUCUCCUACCCCGAGGACACUCCCUGUGUAUACGAGGCCCUGAAGGCCAUCACGUCCAAAGGCUUCACCUCCGUCUCUCAGAUCUUCCACAGUCCAGACCUAGCCAUAAAGGACACCUAUGUGAAUGCCUCUCAGAGCCUGUAUGGCAGCAGCCCCCAAGUCCUGAGUAAUGACAGCAAUGUCAACUUGAAGCUCAUCAAUUCCUGGGUGGCUGAGAACACCAACCACAAGAUCAGCCGGCUGCUGGACAGCCUGCCCGCUGACGCCAGCCUCGUUCUUCUCAAUGCUGUGUACCUGAGUGCCAAGUGGAAGAAACCCUUUGAUAAUAAAGAAAAGAUGGAGCCCUUCCACCUCAAAAACUCUGUGAUAAAAGUGCCCAUGAUGAGUAGCAAGAAGUAUCCUGUGGCCCAUUUCACUGACUCACUUCUGAAAGCCAGGGUGGGACAGCUGCAGCUCUCUCACAACCUGAGCUUUGUGAUCCUGAUGCCCCAGAGCCUGAAGCACCCCCUGGAGGAUGUAGAGAAGGCUCUCAGGCCUUCUAUCAUCAAGGCCAUCAUGAAGAAGCUAGAGUUGUCCAAGUUCCAGCCGACUUUCCUGAUGAUGCCCCGGAUCAAAGUGAAGAGCAGCCAGGACAUGCUGUCAAUCAUGGAGAAACUAGAGUUCUUUGACUUUACUUACGACCUCGACCUGUGUAAGAUGACGGACGACCCGGAUCUUCUGGUGUCCACCAUGCAGCACCAGACUGUGCUGGAGCUGACGGAGACUGGGGUGGAGGCGGCCGCCGCCACGGCCGUCUCUGUGGCCCGCAGCUUGCUCGUCUUCGAGGUGCAGCAGCCUUUCCUCUUCCUGCUCUGGGACCAACAGCACAAGGUCCCUGUCUUCAUGGGGCGAGUGUACGAUCCCAGGGACUGAGACCUGCAAGGGGCCAGGGCAGGGCAAGCCCUGCGCCCAAGCCUCAGUGCUCCCAGGUGCAGCCCUGCUGCUGCCCGCCUGGACCAAGCUCGCCAGCCACUGCACACACAGAGGGCUCCCUCCAGGGCUGGCAAAGGGAGCUGCUCCCAUCAGCCCUUCCUUGAGGCCCUGUCAUGCUCACCAAAGCACUUUCUGCAGCUUUCUCUGGUUCAGGUUGACCACACUCUACAAAUAAAACUCAGCUGACCACGA